GCGUAUGUCAGCGGCCGGCAGCUGGACGGCUUCCGACAGUACAAGUACAGUGCUGUGGAUACAAAUCCUUUAUCUGUGUAUAUUAUGCAACCCAUCUGGAACAAAAUUAUUAAGAUAGUGCCUCUGUGGAUUGCUCCCAACCUGUUAACAUUCUCUGGAUUUGUCAUGAUUUUAUUUAAUUAUUUUCUAAUAUCUUUUUAUGACUGGGACUACACUGCCUCAGGUAGCAGUCCUGGACUUGUUCCCACCUGGGUGUGGCUCUUCAGUGCUUUUACCACUUUUUGUGCUUAUGCUUUAGACUCCAUAGAUGGCAAACAUGCUCGAAGGACUCAGUCCAGUACUCCUCUAGGAGAACUAUUUGACCAUGGACUGGAUAGCUGGGCUACCUCCAUUUUUGUGCUUUCCUUUUUUUCUGUCUGUUCCCGUGACAAUGGGAAGACUGGAGUUUCUGUAUAUACAAUGUAUAUAUAUUUAAGCAUUGUCUUGUUUAACUUCAUGUGUUCACACUGGGAGAAAUAUAACACAGGAGUUCUUUUUCUUCCUUGGGGAUAUGAUAUAAGCCAAGUGGUAUUAAUAGCAGCAUAUCUGCUUACCAGUGCUGUUGGUGUGGAAGUCUGGCAGAAGCCUUUGCUGCUUGGUUAUUACAUUACAGACAUAUUAGUAAUCCUGCUUAUAGGCUUCAGUUUAUUUCUUUCAUUUCCACAAACACUAUACAAUAUUCACAGAGCACAUUUAAAGAAAACACUGAAGCAUGAUUCUCUGUAUGAAGGACUCCUACCUCUUGUGUCACCUCUGUUGCUGUUCGUUCUUCUUACAGUCUGGGUGGUUUUAUCUCCAAGCAACAUAUUAGCAAAGCAACCAAGGCUGUUUUUAUGGAUGGUUGGGGUUGCUUUCUCAAAUGUUAUUUGCAAGGUGAUCAUCUGCCAGAUGAGCGGCACCCGGCCGGAGCUUUUCCACUGGUUCCUGUUGCCGCUGGCACUGGUGGUGUACGCAGCCAUCUCCGGGCUGCUGGGCUGGAUGGAAGAAGCUGUUCUUGCCGUGUUCACCGCCCUGGUCACGGCCGCCCACGUGCACUACGGGGUCUGCGUGGGUAGGCAGCUGAGUGAGCACUUGAACAUUUACAUCUUUUCCCUGAAGAAACGCACCCAAGAGUGAACACCUGCACUAUGAUCAGACUGUAAUACUUACGUGGAGAUCUGCAACUCUUCUGAUGUGAUAAACAGUUGGAAUUAAUCUGAUUAAAAUAACCAAAGAAUAGAACAGUACAGAUAUCUGAACCACUGCGACAAUGAGCUAUGCAGCAAGAUGCUUCAUCUCAGAGGAAGAUUCCUGUCCAGCAGAGAAGUGUUUACCAAGUUGUUCUGCUGCUAACAUUUAUUCUCUUCUAACACUAAUGCUGUGUUACUGGCCUCUCUGAAGCUUUUGUCUUCCUCCUCCUUGCCAUUUUGUCCAAAGUCCUGGAUGAAUUCAUGCCAGGUUACAUAACCUUCUUGGUGGUUUAUAACCAGCACUGGUUUCGCCCAGCCUAGUCACCAGUGGGACUCCAGCAAUGCAAACACUCCCUGUAUGUCCUUCUCACUCAGACAUCUGUGUCUGCUUCAUUUUCCGUAUUUAUUUUCUCACAACUCAUUUCUCCCAUACAACCUCCUGAAAGGCUUAUGCACAUUCAGUCUUUUCCUCACCUCAAAUGAAUGUGUGAAGACAAGAGAAUGAGCUGAGAAAGCCAUGGGUAAAGUGUUUUUGAAAUGUACAUUUUUUUUCCCAUUCUCAGCAUUAAGAUGAGUCUCAGCUGACCUGUAUCUGUCAGAAAUGCAGGCUCUGUACAGCAGCAGCUGACCUUUAUAUUUAUUUCCUAGGCAGUAACAAGCACAUUGUUGAUAUUUC